AGCGCCGUUCAGUCGUUAACGAAACUUCGCCGCGCGCGGUUCACUUCGUUUUUCGGUCCGCGGUUCGUUGUAUUUCCAAUUCACACUUUUCGCCGGCAUCGUUUGUUGUUGUUUGCGAAUGCAUAUGUGGGUGUGCGGUGUAUGUACGAAUACGAAUACGAGCAUGUGUGAGCGUUCUGCUCAUAAUUUUGCGCGUUUGGUGCGUUGACAGCUGCGAAAAGCGAAAAAAGAGAGUGCAGAAAAGUGCAAAGCAAAAGCCGACGAAAAAAAAACAACAGCACGGCAAAACAAACAACAAACAAACAAAGCAGAAGCCAAAAGAAACAACAACACACCUGCUGCCGCCGUCGUUUUUGUUUGUGUCGGUGCAUUUUGGUCCAGAAAAAAAGAGGAUAUUCAAAUGGCAGUGCAAAAGCGGCAGCAGGAUAGCGAAUCGUGAUUUUCCGGCGAAACACAAGAAGCAGAAGCUGCAGAACACGCCCAGCUGAGAAAAAAGAAGACCAAAUCCAGAGGAGUUUGUCAACGUGGAGCGUAAAUGAAGUGAAUGUGAAUGAAAAUAUUUGGGUGCAUUGAAAGUGUUUCUGUGCGUUGGAAAAUGGAAACGCUCGAUUGCGAUCGCAGCUGAGGAUUAUUGAUUCCGUCGAAUUAGGAAUUACGAAUAACGAAUUACGAAUUACGAGUUACGAAUUACGGAUUGCACAAUCUACAAUCCGUCCGCGUAUAUAGAAAUAAAUCUCCGGCGAACAGUUGCAGCUGCCUACUUGGCUAAUUGAUUUUCAUUUCGGUUUCUGUUUUCCCCAUUUGUUUGUUGCUAGCUGGUUUGUUUCUCCGUCCGCCUCUUGCAAUGAGGCGUCCAAAAGCUGCCAAUCGCCACAGCAUCAAUAGCACCAAAAACAACUCGCCAAAUGAACAAAAACAAGCUGAAAACCAACAAGUUCGAGUACAUGAAGUGAAGCUGCGCGACAAUUGCGUUUGCGCCUUUUUGCUGCUUUUUUAAUUAAUUUUAAGUGUCGCCGUACUCCGUUGCCCUUUUUUUGUUUUGGCCGGUAGCGGUACAGAUAGCGCUGGAGCGGCGAAAACCCCCCGGAAAUCGGCAAUUUAAUUUACAAUACAACAUUAGUACGGACAUAAAAGCGGAUAAAGGCGAGCGGCCCAAGGAGAACCCAAAAUGUUCGCGGGAAUAAGGAAACGCCUGGCACGCAAGCAAAACGAGAAGGAUUGCGAUGAGGACGACAAGGAGGAUGUGCUCGAUAGUAUGCCACCACCUCCGAAUUACAUACAGAUCUCGCAGGGCAGGAUUCAGUUGGUCCACCAGCCGAGGACGCCCGUGGAAUCGGAGGCGGGUACUCUGCCCUUGGAGCGGCAUGGGGGCUCCAUCACCGGAUCCGGCGGCUGUGAUAAGGAUGUGUUGGAGAAGCGGAUGAUUGAAGUUGAAGGCGCUCUGCUGCGUUUGCAGGAGCAGUUCCAGAAAAGCCAAUGCGGGUCGCCUACGUUCGAGAAGGAAUUGCGCGAACAAAUUGAGAACAUGAAUCGCAUUAUGAAAUCCAAAGAACGCAAGCAAAUGCAGACAUGUCGGGAUCACAAGGCACUGCAGACUCGCUUUGCCCGCCAGGAGAGCCUGCUCCAAUCGAUGCAGCAGGAGAAUCGAUCCUUGCUCACCCGCAUCCGGCAGUAUGAGCACUGCUUGGAUGAUGUGAUGCGCAAGGUGGUGGACGCCAUUGUGGCAGAAGAUAAUCUCCGGGAGGAAGUGAGCAUGCUGAAGGGUCGGGUUCGCGAUCUGGAGGCGCAGAAUGCCGCUCUGUCCGCCAGUCCGGUGAAGGGCAGGGAUGAAGGCUACUGCACCAUGAGCAGCGGGCAGCCGCAGCCGUCGAAUGGACACCUGGAAGAUCUGCCCGAAGAACCGGAACAGUGGCUCCUGCCUGCUGAGCCCUGCUCAACGGAAAUGGAGGACUGGAGCAUGUCGCAGGAGGAACUGGCGGUGAUGACGUUCGACGACGAGCGGGAUCCACAUCACCCUCAUCUCCAGCAGCAGCGGCGGAAGAGGGAUCACGACUGGCUGUGGCCAUCCAGCGACUUUAUCAACUCCACCACUGUGGAAACGGAUUCAGUGACCGAUGGCAUUACCCAGCUGCUGCAGCAGAAGAUUGUUUACUCCGAGGACGAGGAGGUGGCCUGUACGGACUUCACCAACGACUUCUACAAGCUGGUCAACAUCCGUUCGAACUCCUCGCGUAGUCUUUACUCUUACUUGGAGGGCGAGACAGAUGAUGAGGAUGAGGACGACGAUGAUGGCGAGGAUUCCAGUAUCUCAGAGAGCCAGGUGGGUCCCGUUGGGAGAAUCAGUCCCACGCCCAGCGAGGCGGGAAGGGCCCAGUUGACCAGCUGCUCCUCCAGCGAAACGGACGAACUUUCCGCCAGCCAGGCAAAGAAGGACGAGGAACCGGACUACGCGGUUAUCGACGAGUGCCGGCGGAGGGUUAGCGACAUUGAAAUCGAGGAUGUGCCCAUGAUUGUUAGCAGCACGCCAAUGAAACCACUGGAUGAGCAGCAGUGUAUUGCUCAGAUCAUCAAGAGUGAACUACGUCGACCGCCCCACGUCCUGGUGAAAUCCAAAUCGGUGCUAGAGGACCAGGAACCCAGUUGCAUUCUGAGACACAAUCAACGCCGCGAACUGGAGUCCACCGUCGUGCGCAGCGAUAGCAUCAGCUGUGCCAUGAUGAAUAAGUUGGCCAAAGAGGUGGUGCCACCGGCGCCUGGAAUGGUAACCAAGUUAAAGGAGAGGAUGCUGCUCAGACAGGCAUCCACGCCUCCGACGGCCAGCUCCUGGCGCAGGAGCAAUGGCUGGAAGAGGGUAACAUCACCGGUUCAUCCACCGGUGGCUGUCUCGCCGAAAAAGAAGGCAGCCAAGUCAACGCAGCCGCCAAAGAGUUGCUUGCCCAAGGCGCAGCCCACCAGAAUUCCAACGAGCAUCCAUUCAUCGGUGUCCUCGUCCUCCUCGAUGUCCUCCUCCUGCUCGCCCUCGCCCUCCUCCCCCUCGCCGCAGUCACCACAGCAAAGGUCACCGGGUCAGCAGCCCCAGCAGCAGCAGCAGCGAAAAUCGAAGAUUCCUCCACCAGUUCCCGUGCGAAGAUCCUACGCCAGUUAGGAUAGACCAGCACUGCUAAAUCUCAAAUCAAUAAUCGUCAAGCUAACAAAUAUUUAAAGAUUUAAAAAGACUAAAUUGUGAUAUAUUCAAACAAAACAAAACAGAACCGCGAGAUACAGAAGCAUUAAGAUGAUGGCCAGAGGAGCAGGCGAGUUUUGUACGUACGAAUACGAGUAUUUAUGUAUAUUGUAAAUUUUUGGAAGAUGUUUUACCUUGUAAGCGGCACUGCCAACUGUUCCCCCUAAGAAAAAAUCAAAACAACCAAACCGAACAGCUCGCCCUGCUCUAUACCGCAUAUAUUUUGUAGAGCAGCGGUUGCAGCAUCCAAAUCAGCGGGUUAUAUAGUACUAACUAUUAUGGGACAUUUUGAAUGACUUCAAACUGAAUUCAAACCACUAUUAGCUAUGGUCAUGAACCUAUGAGUAGAUGAACCAAAACUGUAGUCUUCCGCACAAGUCGAGUGUAUUUGUAGGACUUGGUUAAAGUUAACCACAUAAGCUAAUCCGGAUUAGUACUCCUCAGACACAACAGCAGUUGAACAUUUGCAUUUAAGGGUGAAAUAUUUCAAGGUGUUUACGAUGCAGUAUAGGAUGCAUAUAUAUAUAGAUACGACACAUAUAUAUAUACGGUUUCUAAGCGAACAUUACACGACAACCAUAACAAUAAACUGUACAUAGCAGUCGUUCUUAAAGCUAAUGAUAAUGACAAGCUCUUCUUCAACCGUAGUUAGCUCCUCAGGGCUGCUGCCACCGACUACUUCAUCGCAGCAGCCCGAUUCCUAAGCAUAUACUUACACUAUAUAGAACAGAACGCACUAUGAUCGAGAGGAGGGAACCUAGACGUAAGCUCGUAUAAACAUUAUAAAUGUAUUUUCUUAGCGUAGCGAGUACAAAAUAAACAAAAAGAAGU